GUUCCUAUUCCAUAUUUUGUUUAAGUAAACGAAAUGAAAAGACGUAAACUUAUACCUCUUUCUUUCCCUUCCUGCUGCAUUCUCCCUCUUCCGUCGUUGAAGCUCCCAAAUCCGACCAAUUUUGGAUGGGGUUCUAGUUUUUUUAAUCAAAACAAGAUUUCAAAUCAUUUUGGUUAUAUUCGAUAUUGAACUAUUUCUAGAAUAGGGUUCCUCGAGGAUUAAAUGAUGAACUUGAGGGAUUCGGCAUUGUGAUGUGAAUUACUGGGAAAGCCAGAAGAGAGAAUGGCUACAAAUAGCCUGAAGAGUAUGAUUGCCGCAGCAGUCAGUAAGGGAGUGACAGAAGCAAGGGCAAGGAUAUUUGGUCACAUACUUAACCCAACAGGUCAACGAUCUACCCACAAGCUUCUGCGCAAAAAACUCAUUGGUGACAAAGUAGCACAGUGGUAUCCGUAUGACAUCAAGAAGGAUGAUCCUCUUGUCAUGGCUCGCCUAGAACAAGAGCGCUUGUCCAAGCUUGAAAUGCUAAAGCGUCGUGGUAAGGGACCACCUAAGAAGGGCCAAGGCAGGCGUGCAGCCAAGCGCAACAAGUAGAGUCAAUGACAGUGGAAUUGUUCCUGCCAGUUAUUUUUGUUGUUUUUUCUUAACAAAGUUUAGGUUAUGGGCCAGUUUCCUCACGGUUGUAAUGACUUCUAUUCAUCAUUAUGAUCAAUCUUUUCUACAAA